AGUUAAUGGUUGUUUUAUGUAGUUGAUGUAAUUCAAUAUUUCAUUUCACCAAAAAGAAAGAAGAAAAAAAGAGUACCCAGCUUAAACACGGUCUGUCUUCACAAGAAUUAAUUCAAUGAGAAAUUGAUUAAAAAAAAAAGAGAGAAAUGGGCACUUUCUAUCUCUACUCUCAUCAUCUUCUUCUUCAUCCUACGACUUCUCCAAAUUUGACAACCCUAAUUCCCUUAAACGGAAAACGCAAAUUUCUCUCUUCCCCAAAACACUCUUCUCCUUCUCCGUUCCUCUGUUUCUCCUCUAAAAACAAUCCUUCCCCUUCCGGCGAUAGCGUUCCCAGUAACUUUUGCAUCAUUGAGGGACCGGAGACUGUUCAAGAUUUUGUGAAGAUGCAGCUUCAGGAAAUUGAAGAUAAUAUAAAGAGCAGGCGCAAUAAGAUCUUUCUCCUCAUGGAAGAGGUAAGGAGAUUACGGAUACAACAGCGGAUAAAGAAUGUGAAAGUUAUCAAUGAGAAUGGCGAAGAAGAAACAGAUGAGAUGCCUGACAUUCCAUCUUCAAUUCCUUUUCUCUCUCAUGUGACACCAAAGACAAUGAAGCAGCUCUACUUCACAAGCCUGGCAUUUAUAUCUGGAGUAAUUGUAUUCGGAGGCCUUAUUGCACCAACACUGGAGCUGAAAUUAGGUCUAGGAGGCACCUCAUAUGAAGAUUUCAUAUGCAACAUGCAUCUACCAUUGCAGUUAAGUCAGGUCGAUCCGAUCGUGGCAUCCUUUUCAGGGGGUGCAGUGGGUGUUAUUUCAGCCUUGAUGCUAAUUGAAGCCAACAAUGUUGAACAACAAGAGAAGAAAAGGUGUAAAUAUUGCCACGGAAAUGGAUAUUUGGCCUGUGCAAGAUGUUCUGCAAGUGGUGUAUGCUUGAGCAUUGAUCCUAUAUCUGUAUCCAGUGCUUCUGGUCAUACUUUGAAAGUGCCCACUACUGAAAGGUGUCCAAACUGCUCUGGUUCAGGAAAGGUGAUGUGCCCAACUUGUCUGUGCACCGGGAUGCUGAUGGCUAGCGAGCAUGACCCACGAAUUGAUCCAUUUGACUAAGAAGAUCGGUUCCUCAAGGACUGCUCUCCACUCAUAAGAAGAAAAUGAAAGAUAGAGAGUAGGGAAAUGUGGGAGGAAUGUUCUUAUAUGAUUGCAAAUGUCAUAACUAGUAAUGACUUAUGGAUUCUCCUCCUUACUCCUAUUCCGAAAGAUACAAGUAAUAAUAUGUUCCCUUGUUAUUGUGAGAA